UGCUGGCCAUUUUGUGUGAUCUCUUGGUCCAGUCAUUAAACACCUUUAUGUUUAUAAAAUGAAAUUGGUCGAGUUUGUAUGUUUUAUAUAUUUUUAUUGUUGUAGUUGGUUGGACACACACAGAAUAUUUCAGCUCUUAAGGCAAUAGCUAUUUUGAAAGAAAAAAAGAAAAACAAUAAAUAAAACUAGCAUAUAAAGUAUAUCAAUGGAAGAGGUGGGUUCUUCAUCUUCAACUCCUUUAUCAAAUCACAACAAGAGUUCUGUGGGGUCUCGUCUCAAGAGAAGUUGCUUAUCUUUUGCAGUUUCUACACAAGAAACUUUUAGAUAUAUAAAAGCUUUCUUAGUGGGUCAGGCAAAGACUAUAAGUGCAAGAAAUGAGAAGGAAGCAAGUGAAGCUGAGCUUGAGGCUACCAAAAAACAGGUUGAGGCUGCUGAUGCUGCUGAAGAUAUCAAGAAUAGACUCAAUCAUCCUCCUAAUGUUUAGAUUUUUCAUUAAAGAAAAACAGAGAUUCAAGGUCAAACUUGAGAUUAUUCACUUUUUAUUUUAUUUUUUAUAUUUAAAGUAUGUGAUAUGCAAGUCUAGCUAAGUUUCUUGUCUAGUUUAUUUGAAAAACUAAAAUAAAAUUUAUCCUUUUUCUUGAUCUACUAUACGGAUUAGUGAAGUAAUUGUUAGAUACAAACUGUGUGUAAUUGAUUUUAUAUUAACUAUGAAUUAUGUCUUUUGAAAAGAUUUUCAAAAUUGAAAAGAUCUAUUCAAAAGGUUAA